AGUGAGACAACUCUCUCAACUAUCUAACUAACCCCCUAAUCUAAUUCAUAUUAUUCAUAAUCUCUUAUCUAAGAUCAUGGAUAAAAUAAAGUUACAUUAUGUCUCUUCUCAAUAUUUUUUCAUUCUAUCUUUAUCUCUCUUAUAAUCACCUGUGAUUUGUAAUCAAACUCUCACACUUCCACACUAAUGCAUCUCCUAUUUACAGACCUAAACAAUUUAAAUCUUGUUUCUCGCGGCUUAUCUUGAAUAUCUUUAUUUCUAAUUAUUUUUUUCCCUUUUGUGAACAACAUUUUGCUCGGUACAACAGCAUAACCAAUCCAACAACAAACUCAACUUAACAAGUUUUGGUGGCACCUCCAUUUUUACAUCUUUGAUUGAUUUUAGGAAUUAAAGAAUAUUUUGAUCCAAUGGCACUUGUGAAACAGAACCAACCCUAAAUUUACUACUAUUUCUUACUUCAAAAUUCACAAAAAGUGUAUAGAGGUUCAGUCCUUGCCUUUGAACGCCAUGGCUGUGAAGCUAACAGAGUACGAGUUGGACUGCAAAUGUGACUACAAACUAUACGAUGUCAUUCUGGACGACACCGAAAUCGAGACCACCGUCACUCUUUCUCCCUCUACUGUGUCCUCAUGGAUUAACAGAACCGAAAUCUUAAACGAAUCCCGUCUUCACCGUUUGAUUGUAGGGCUUGACAUCGAGUGGCGCCCAAACUUCAAAUCCGGCGCCGGAAGAAACCACGUCGCCACUGUCCAGUUGUGUGUCGGAAACUCCUGCCUCAUCUACCAAAUUAUCCACUCCACCUAUAUUCCCCGCCGACUCCGAAACUUCCUGAACAGCGACGACUACAGAUUCGUUGGGGUUGGUAUUCAUUGUGACGUGGAUAAGCUGUGGGAGGACUAUGAACUUGAAGUGUCGAAUACGGUUGAUCUACGGGAGUGGGCAUCAGUGGAGCUGGACAAGAAGAAACUAAUCAAUUCAGGGCUCAAAGAUUUGGGGAAGGAAAUUGCGGGAAUAGAGAUUGAGAAGCCCAAGAGUGUGACAAUCAGUGCUUGGGAUCAGCGUUGGCUUAGCCCUAACCAGAUAUGUUAUGCUUGCCUUGAUGCCUAUCUUUCUUUUCAAGUUGGCAGGGUGUUAAGUGCUUGGUAUUAGAAUAUGCUUAUUUUCACCUUUAUUAAAAAGUAACACAAGAAUAUACCAUAUAAGUAAAAUACAACAGUUAUCCUUUUCUUCUACUCAAAUUGUAAGUGUCUGUAUGAAACUAUUUCCUCUAGUUGUGUUGAUUCCAGUUUACUAUCAUUCCAUCUGGAUUAUGAGAGAGAUGAUUUUGUGUCCCUUUAUAAAUAGUAGUACAGGAGAUUGUCCUCUGAUUUCUUUUAUUUGUUGUUUCUUGUACUUCGAUUAUCGUAUUAUUUUGCUACAGUUAUUGUUUAGAGUAAUAUGUCA